AUGGCGCUCCGCUCCGCCCCACGGCGCUCCAUGCAGCCCUAUGGCGCUCCGCUCCGCCCCACGGCGCUCCAUGCAGCCCUAUGGCGCUCCGCUCCGCCCCACGGCGCUCCAUGCAGCCCUAUGGCGCUACGGGGACGUCGUGCAGGGUCGUUCCGCGACUCGUACUCCACGCUGAGCCAGAAGACGCUGCUCCUCCUCGGCUGGGCGCUGCGCUUCUGCUCGGCCGCCUCCUUCGUCCUCAAAGCGGACGACGAUACGUUCGUGCACACGCCGGCCCUCGUGGCCCACCUGCGGGGCCCCCCCGCUCCGCCCCCCAUCUAUUACAUGGGGAGGGUCCACGACGGGGUGAGACCCCGCAGGGACCCCCGCGGCCGCCACCACGUGCCGGAGGCGCUGUACCCCGAGCCGUCGUUCCCCCCCUAUUGCAGCGGCAGCGCUUACGCUCUGUCGAUGGGGGCGGUGCGGCUCGUGCUCGACGCCGCCCCCCGCACCCCGAAAGUGACCCCCGAGGACGUCUUCGUGGGGCUGUGCGCCCACCGGGCCGGGAUCGCCCCCCGGCACGUGGAAAGGAUGGGGGGGGGGGCGCGCUUCCCCGACGACCCGUGUUGUUACGGGGGGUUUUUGCUCAGCGCCCACCGCGUGGGGCCGGACGGGAUGAGGAGGGCGUGGGGUUACGUCGGGGGGUGGGGGGGGUGGGAGGGGGGGCGGGAGGGGAGGGGGCCGUGCGGGGUGAUGCAGUGGUUGGGGGGGGUGCUGAGGUGCAGGGCGCUGGCGCUGCUCUCCGGGGGGUGGGGCUGA